CAUUCUAAUGAAGAUUAAGCGUUUAUAUAUCCGGUAGAUCGGAAUGAAAUCGAUACGUUUAUAUCUAAUUUUCUAACAUGAUCAAGCAAAUUAAUCGAGGUUAUUACCUACUUAGAAUAGGGAAAAUUGCACCGACAAUCAAAUAGAAAUUACUGCGCGCUAAGGCAAUUGAAAGCGAUACGUCAUUUUAGUAGAUUAAUUCUGACUUUAAGAUUGUUAAGGCAACACUAAACAUUGUCAUUUGGAAGAAAUUUCUGGAUACAUUGAACAUUGAAGAAAGAAGGCAGUGUCGAGACUGUGGGUAGAAUCUUAAUUUUGCACACAAAAAACUUCAAGAUUUUUGAAGACUUGUUCGAGUUUUGAUACUUACUUAUUCACGAGUGUUUGAAGGAAAGAAAGAUCGGAUUCUGCAAGAAAGGGACUUUUAAGUGAAAAGUUCCCUUUUUCCCGUUUCUAAAGAGAUUUAGCGAAACGGUUCCGAGUGUGGCGAUAGAAGGAGUUUUCAAAUUUAAUGUCCAUAAGUUCCGAAUGCAAACCACGAAGAGCACCGAGCAUGUUGAUAUUUGGCGUUCACGAAGGAGAAAGGGUCGCGAUAGAUGUGCCUCUUGGGUCGACGGUGGGGGAGGUGAAGAAAAUGAUACAGGUCAAACUAAACAUAUAUUUUGACGACUUGGUAAAACAAGACAAAAAAGUUCUGGUGGUGUCGUACGCCGGGUCAGAUUUGAGCGAUGCGUGGAUUUUUACAGAUUUGGGGAUCGUACCAGGGUCCACGGUGAAAGUCUGCAUGAAAGAGGAGGUUAAGCCAGUCUUGUUUGUAAAAUGUUCACACAGUGGCGAAGUAAUUGAGAUCAUGGAUGAUUAUUUCGUUGAAAAACUUCUGGUAGACGAUUUAAGAACAAUGGUUUCCAAGAAAUCUGGACUUCCGGUUUCUAUUUUUAGAUUAGUAUCACGUGAUAAUUUAGAAUUGUUUGACAGACACGUCCUGUUUGAUUAUAGCAUAGAAUGCGGUGACACUGUCUACAUGGAAAGUUGGGACGGCUGGACGGAGUUAAUAAAUUACAGUAUACUCGGCCUGACUCCCAGCGUGAUGCCUUUGGUUGUAUCAGACGAGAUUCAGUCACGAUUUCAGCUGAAAGUGGUCUUGUACAUUUCCGCUCAUUUUGGAUGUGUAGAUCUUGCGAGAACUUGCAUAAAAUCCGGCAUCCGACCAGACGAGCCUAUAGGUGAGCAUCCUAGCAGGCAAUGGUGCAAAGAACAGUCGCAUGUGGAAACAAUGAGGUCAGCUGUGCACGAGGCAGCCGAGUUCGGGCAACUAGGAGUGUUAAGACUUUUUGUAAACACGGAUAUCACGUGCUCAAUGGCUAGAGACGGCCACAGUUUAACCCCGCUCAAUCUCGCACUCCGAAACAAACAACGACCAUGUGCCUCCUUCUUGUUGACUAAACAAUGGGUUCGAGUCCCUGUUACUCGUAGCCAGUCUAUGACUUUACAAACAUUUAGACGUAUAAAACUUUGGUGUGAACGGUGUAAGGAAAAAGCAUUUAUGAAAUUUGGUCCGAAUAAAUCAUCUCUGAAGCGGCGUUCCUUCAAUACUGGGCCACUGGUGAGUCAUGGAGUAAUUGUUGAUGGAUUUUCAGCCAGUCCAAUGAACGGAAAAUCAAAAAAUGUACAAAGUAUGAAAGACCGCAGACGACAAGCAAAUGAAAACAAUACCAACACUUCAACGUCAGAAAGUGACGGCGAUCCGGAAUCUUAUUUCAAGCACCUGACGGCGGUUCAAACAUACGGACCUAAAUUUCGACAAAAUACUCGAUGGGGUAAAAUGGUUGGGCGGUCAAGCGUUGGUGCAAUGUUGGGCGCAGGACUAAAGAACGCUUUAAAAGGAGAUAAAACCGAUGGGCCAGAAAGAGACGAGUCCCCAGAAGGCGGUGAUAAUAAAGAUUCGAAUGUAGAGAAAGACACAAAGCUUCCUCCAAUCAUGGAAAAGAAUAGAAUCAAUAUGACCUUGUCUCAGUCUCAACCUUCCGUAGCCCAUGGCAACCCUGAAGAAGAAAGAUUAGAUCCAGUUGACAAAUUAAGCGUCGUUCCAGAAAAAGGCCGAAAAUACAUUCGAACCGGCUUAACUACAAAAGUGAAAACGGAUAUAAGCGCUUCCAUGCCAAACAUGAAAGUGAAAUCGACAAGCGAAAAUAAAGAACAUAAGGAAACAUCAAAAGAACCGACUAAAGAUCGGGAUAGAGGAAGCCUGACCUCAGCUAAAUCUGAUAAAACCCUGGAAAGAGCAGGAACUUCGAUGUCCCUUGCAAAUAAAAAGAAGAAGAAACUUACUUCCGCCAUGCUGCUUCAGCAAGGCAGGAAGUCUAAAGCGGAAGGAGCAGUUGCACUUCCGGCGAUAAGCAUGGAGCAUGACCUUCGGCCAUUUUUCUAUCACAACGGCGUCCGUGAAGAUGAUAUUGUUAUUCCUAUGAUGAAUUUAGUGUCCCAAUACCAAGGCACGGAUGCUCGGGAUAGAGCUGUCAAGUCUCUGGCCAUCGCUAAUACUUUUAAAGAAAAGCCGUGGCUGAUGCAGGUGCGCAUGGCAAUGAGCUUGACGUCAUCGACGUUGAAACGUGAAGUCACAAACCUACGUCAUAGUUUUAAUGAAGUUUCAAGACACGAGCGUCGCAGUGGAAGAACAGUAAAAAGUUUAAACGCUUAACCUAGAAAAGAAAGUAGACUGUAAAUGGCAGUUGUUUUAUAGCAUUUCUUUCAAUUUCGCUAAAAAAAAACACACCAAAAUUACAUAGAAGUUAUUCAUAUGGAAUUUAAAUAUGUGUUUAAAUACGUUUAUAACAAAUGCAUUUCAGUUAAUGUUUAAAAAAAAAACCCUGAAAAAUCGAAAGAUUUCAUCAAUUGUGUGUAUUGUGUUGAACAACGAUUUGCACCAUUUAUAAUAGUUUGACAUUACAUGACAUCAUGAAUUGUGGCACUUCGGUUAAGCACGUCAAAUGCAUUUACUAUGGCUUUUAUAUACACCUAUUGUUAGCAAACCGGAUUACAAGGUCGGCGGAUAUACUACCCUGUAUUUUGCAAAUUAUGAAACCUAUAAACAUUAUAAUAUGUCUAUAUUUAGAUGUCAAUCUAGAUUAUCUCCUAGAUAAUGACUGAAUAUUACGAGAAGACAGAUUAGUUUAGUUCCAUUUCCAAUAAUUAGCAAAGAAUAACUUUUGUGUUACAUUAAACCAUAACAAACUAAUCCGAGAUUAUAUUAUGUAUAGCUUAAUUUUUGUACUUUCUUGUAGGUAAAUAACCUAAAUCAAUGAUACAUGUAUAUAUAUUAUUUAUUUCAGAUAUUUUUCUCCUCUCUACUGUGAUACAAUUUUUGUGAUAUUUUAUUCUAACUUUAUAGUGCUGUUGUAUUUUUCACUAACACACUGAUAAAUUAAAGAUUUGUAUAUGUAAAA